AUGGCCAAAACCAAAUCAAAGAAGAGCCCAAAGAGCUCGUCGCAACCCAAAGAGUCUCCCGAACAACUCUACGACCUCGCCAUCCAAUGCGUCGAGACUAGCGAACCCGAACAAGCUCUCGAACACGCUCAAAACCUGCUCGUCCUCGUCCGCCGUCUCCAAACUCCCAAUGCCGUCCUUCCCGCUUUGAACCUCCUCGGUGAAAUCAGCAUCGAACUCGGCGACGCAGAUUCGGCCCGCGACUACUUCACCCAAGCCGUAGAGGCCGAUCCCGAGGGCACAAUUCCCGAGUCCGUGGGCGGAGGUGCAGAGAAAUUCUUAUGGUUGGCACAGUUGUGUGAAGAGGGUGGUGCGGCCAGUGUUGGCUGGUUCGAAAAAGGUGCUGCUGUCUUGAAGAGGGAGAUCUCCGAGCUCGAGGCCAUGCAAGAAAGAGACGAGACUGCCGAGGUGCUUUUGGAGGAGAAGAGAGGAAAGCUUGCGAAUGCACUCUGUGGUGUUGUCGAGGUUUACAUGACCGAUCUCUCAUGGGAGACAGACGCUGAACAACGAUGCGAAGCUUUGAUCACAGAAGCCAUGAUGGUCGAUCCUGACAGCCCAGAGGUGCUGCAGACACUAGCCUCUGUCCGUCUCUCACAGCUCAAGCCCGAAGACGCUCGUGCUGCCCUCACUCGCAGCAUCAGCAUAUGGAAGGACCUCGAACCCGAAGAUCCUCUGAUUCCCGACUUCCCCACCCGCGUUAGUCUUGCCCGUCUACUGAUGGAGGCCGAGAUGGAAGAGGAAGCCAUGGAUGUAUUGGAGCGUUUGGCUCUGGAAGACGAUCAGAGUGUCGAGGCCUGCUACCUUGGUGGCUGGUGUUUACAACUCAUGGCAGACAAGAAGAAGACACAAUUUGGCGACGCCAUCAACAACCCCGAGACCGAGCAAGCCAAGGAAUUACUGGCUACAUUGAGAGCCAGCAGAAGUUGGUUGCUCAACACUCUCAGACUAUACAGAGUCUUGGAGUACGAAGACGAGAGACUCAAGCAGCACACUGAGGAAUUGGUCGAGGCACAAUGUCAAGUUCUGGGUCCUCCGCCAGAGGAAGGCAAGGAGGACGAGGAAGAUGAUGAAUGGGAAGGCAUUGACGAAGAUGACGAAGCAGGCGAUGCUGAUGAGGAAAUGGCUGGCAUGUAA